AUGGGUCCGCGAGGAGGCCUGCCGGUGCCCCCAGAGCUCUCUUCUGCUGGCACCCCAAAAGCAACAGGCCACGCCGCCCCUGACCCUCGCCAGCGUCCGCCACCUGCCAGACGAGGCUGCGACCGGGGGCCAGGGUUCAGCCGCAAGGAAGAGGAAGCCCAGCCCGGGGCCCCUCGGCGUCCUCCCCGGCCUGGUGGCAAGGGAAGGAACCCGGGGGCAGAGGCUUCCGCCCAGCGUGGCCGAGCCCCGCAAGGGCCUAGCUCGGGGGCCGCCCGUACUCCCGAGGACCCGACCCUGUCCCAUUUGCACUGGCAAAUCCUUCUCCGGGAUGGCCACUGCGAGGAAAAGCACUUCACAUUUUUCCACCUCAAUCUCCAAGACUUCUGCGCAGCCUCGUACUACGUGUUAGAGGGGCUGGACGUCGAGCCGGCGCUCUGUCUUCUGUUCAUUGAGAAGGGGAAGAGGUCGGUGGAGCUGAAACAGGUGGACUUCCACAGCCACCUGCUUUGGAUGAAGCGUUUCUUGUUUGGCCUCAUGAACGAAGACAUAAGGAGGCCACUGGAGGUCCUGUUGGGCUGCCCUGUUCCACUGGGGGUGAAGCAGAAGCUUCUGCACUGGGUGUCUCUGUUGGGUCAGCAGACCAACGCCACCACCCCAGCCGACACCCUGGAUGCCUUCCACUGCCUUUUCGAGACUCAGGACAAAGAGUUUGUUCGCUCAGCCUUAAAGAGCUUCCAGGAAGUGUGGCUUCCGAUCUGCCAGAACAUGGACUUGACGGCAUCAUCCUUCUGUCUCCAGCACUGUCCGAAUUUGUGGAAAUUUCGGGUGGAUGUCAAGGGGAUCUUUGCAAGGGAUGAGUUGGCUGAGGCAUGGCCUGUGGUUCCUCAGUUGAUGCGGGGUAAGACCCUUGUUGAUGAGCAGUGGGAGAAUUUCUGCUCCGUGCUUGGCACUCACCCUCACCUGCAGCAGCUGGAGCUGGGCAGCAGCAUCCUGACCGAACGGACCAUGAAGACCUUGUGUGCCAAGCUGAGGCCUCCCGCCUGCAAGAUACAGAGCCUGAGGUUGAGAAACGCACAGAUGACCCGUGGUUUGCAGCAGCUCUGGAGAACCCUCAUCACCAACCGUAACCUGAGAUCCCUCGACUUCGUUGGAAGCACCCACCUGAAGGAAGAGGAUGUCAGGAUGGCGUGUGAAGCCUUAAAACACCCCAAAUGUAUGUUGGAGUCUUUGAGGCUGGAUCGCUGUGGACUGACCCACACCUGUUACCUGAAGAUCUCGCAGAUCCUUACCACCUCCCCUGGCCUGAGCUCCCUGAGCCUGGCAGGAAAUGAGGUGACAGACAAGGGAGUGAAGGCUCUCAGUGAGGUCUUGAAGGUCUCCCAGUGCGCCCUGCAGAAGCUGACACUGCAGGACUGCGGCAUCACAGCCAUGGGCUGCCAGAGUCUGGCCUCAGCCCUCGUCACCAACCACAGCUUGACACACCUGUGCCUUUCCAACAACAACCUGGGGAAUGAAGGUGUGAGUCUGCUGUGUCGAUCCUUGAGGCUUCCCCACUGUGGUCUGCAGAGGCUGAUGCUGAAUCACUGCAACCUGGACACAGCUGGCUGUGGCUUUCUCGCACUUAUGUUUCUGGGCAAUGCAUGGCUGAUUCACGUGAGCCUCAGCAUGAACCCCUUGGAAGACAGCAAUGUGAAGCUUCUGUACAAGGUCAUGAGAGAACCAUCUUGUCAUCUCCAGGACCUGGAGCUGGUCAGCUGCCAUCUCACUGCCGCAUACUGUGAGUCUGUCCUAUGGAUCAUGAGUAGCAGAUACCUGAGGAGCCUGGAUCUCGCGGACAAUGCCGUGGGUGACGUCGGGGUCACUGCACUGUGUGAGGGGCUAAAGCAAAGGAGAAGUGUUCUAAGGAGAUUGGGGUUGAAGGCAUGUGGAUUGACUUCUGGUUGCUGUGAGGAACUCUCCUUGGCCCUUUCCUGCAACUGGCACCUGGCCAGCCUAAACCUGGUACAGAAUAACUUCAGUCCUACCAGAAUGAGGAAGCUGUGUUCAGCCUUUGCAUGUCCCACGUCUAAUCUACAAAUAAUUGGGCUAUGGAAAUGGCAGUACCCUGUGCAAAUCAGGAGGCUGCUGGAGGAAGUGCAACUGCUCAAGCCCCAGAUGGUAAUUGACGGUAGUUGGUAUUUUUUUGAUGAAGAUGACUGGUGGAAAAACUGAAGAUACAGAAACCUGCCCCACUCACACCCAUCUGAUGGAGGAACUUUAGAAGCUGUUGUCUCAGAGCAAGUCAUGCCUGGGAGUUCCUUCUCAUAGAUAGAGAAUGAUUUCUGAUUCUCACAAAGCCCUCAGUGCUAGUGAUUCUUCUGUGUUCAAUAUACCUUGGUUACUGGAUUUGAAGGCUGGUGACCUUCAAAUCAUAGGGCCUCAGUAUCUGCAAAAUAUCUGUCCUACCUCAGAGCACACAGAGGGAAUGAAAUAAACACAGAGCAUUUGGAAAA